AUGAAGCAUGGCUAUUAUCUACGCAUGUAUAAGCAGUACGUUGCUCAACGAGCUCUUGGUGCAUAUAUCGCUUCCGUCUCACAACCCGAAGCCUUAUUUGAUUUAUCCUUCGCAGCACAAACUACACAACCAGGAAAAAAGGAUAGAAAGGUGCUUAACAAACGACUCCAGUGGCAGAUUGAUAAUCCUACCCGCGGACUACGGUUCGUCAAGAUUGAUCUAAGGACUGCACAACUAUACGCAUUCGUUGAUGCCUCGUUUGCCAAUAACAAAGACUCUUCAUCCCAGAUUGGUCAUGUUAUCGUACUUGCCGACGCACAAAACAAUGCAAACAUCCUUCAUUGGUCAUCUACAAAGUGCAAGAGAGUUGCCCGAAGCGUACUCGCCUCGGAAACGUACGCAAUGGCUAAUGGAUUUGAUGUAGCUGCAGUAAUCAAGUCAACCCUUACUCAAUUGCUGCAUCUCUCAGAGCCUAUCCCGCUAGUCCUCUGCACUGACUCGAAGAGCCUCUAUGAAUGCCUUGUUAAACUUGGUACAACCCGUGAGAAACGCCUUAUGAUCGACCUCAUGUGUCUACGCCAAGCAUAUGAACGACAAGAGAUCACCGAGGUACGAUGGAUCAACGGCAAUACCAAUCCCGCAGAUGCUAUGACUAAGAGCAAGCCCUGUCGUGCUUUACAAGAACUCAUUGAUAUGAACAAGCUACGCAUCGACGUUGACGGCUGGGUCGAGAGACCGUCAACAAAGCGCAACCCCACAUCAAAGAACGUACGAUUCGCAACACCUGCCGCUACACCGGACUUAUAA